GGGGGAGCCCCUCUCUCAGCUACACACCACAGCAUCACCGCCUCGCCUCACUGAAAAGGACACAGAGAGGAGAGAAAUGCAAAGGGAUGUAAGAUGGCAGAGCUACAAAUGCUAUUAGAGGAGGAGAUCCCUGCCGGUAAAAGAGCUCUCGUGGAAAGCUACCAGAACCUGUCCCGGGUCGCGGAAUACUGUGAGAACAAUUAUGUUCAGGCUCAAGACAAGAAGAAGGCCCUGGAGGAGACCAAGGCCUACACCACCCAGUCUCUGGCCAGCGUGGCCUACCAGAUCAAUGCCUUAGCUAACAAUGUGCUGCAGUUGCUGGACAUCCAGGCCUCGCAACUACGACGCAUGGAGUCCUCCAUCAACCACAUCUCCCAGACGGUGGAUAUUCAUAAGGAGAAGGUGGCACGUCGAGAGAUCGGCAUCCUGACCACAAAUAAGAACACCUCUCGCACCCACAAGAUCAUCGCCCCGGGUAACAUGGAACGGCCGGUGCGCUACAUCAGAAAGCCCAUUGACUACACAUUGCUGGAUGAUGUGGGGCACGGCGUCAAAUGGCUUAAGGCCAAGCAACAUGGGAACAAUGCGGCAGGAAGAGGGGGGACGCUUUCCAGGACCACCCCACCCACACAGAAACCCCCAAGCCCCCCUAUGGCUGGUCGUGGUACCCUGGGACGUAACACUCCCUACAAGACUCUGGAGCCAGUGAAGCCUCCAGUGGUACCCAAUGACUACAUGACGAGCCCGGCCCGACUGGGCAACCAGCACAGCCCUGCACGCACAGCCUCUCUCAACCAGAGGCCCCGGACACACAGUGGCAGCAGUGGUGGAAGUGGCGGCAGGGAGAACAGCGGAGGCAGUGGAGUUGGUAUUCCUUUAGCAGUUCCCACCCCGUCCCCUCCCAGUAUGGGGCAAGUGGCGACAUCCUCAGCCUCAGUGCCACAGGGCCCCGGCUUGGGUCCCAUACCCAUGUCCCAGUUCGGAACCAUCUCCCGCCAGAUCUCCCGCCACAACUCCUCCACCACCUCUUCGGCCUCUAUGGUGUCGGCCACUGGCACCUACCGCCGUGCACCCUCCGUCUCCUCCCAGCAGCCCCACAUCAACGGGGGUCCUGCCUACCCACAGAACUCAGUGUCUGUGGCUCCUCCGCCUCCUCCUCCAAUGGUCCAGCUGACCCCACAGAUCCCUCUGACCGGCUUUGUGGCCAGAAUGCAGGAGAGCAUAACAGACAGCCCCGCCCCGCCUCCUCCGCCUCCUCCAGAGGACAUGGGUGUGUUUGAGGAGCCCUCUCCCCCUCCUCCUCCUCCACCCGUGGACUAUGAGGAAGAGGAGGCCGCAGUGGUUCAUUACAGCGAUCCCUACGCUGACGGAGACCCCCACUGGGCCCCCAAGGUUUAUUUAGAGAAAGUUGUGGCCAUCUAUGACUACAGCAAGGACAAGGAGGAUGAGCUGUCCUUCAUGGAGGGAGCCAUCAUCUACAUAAUCAAGAAAAACGAUGACGGCUGGUUCGAAGGUGUCUGUAACGGCGUCACCGGACUCUUCCCAGGAAACUACGUCGAGUCGAUCAUGCACUAUGCUGACUAAAAUAUUAAAAAAACACCCAGAAUGGCACUGCAGUUUUGAACAGAGGUAAAACCGUGAAGAUGUACAGAUGUGUGCGGUCCAGCAACUGCAGCUCAUACAGCCCCCAUUUUUAAUGAAGUGCCAUGGUGGAUUUACAAAUGGUUUUUCUUUUGGGGGGGCUUGUGCUUGCACGGUUUUGUUAUGCUCAAGAAAAAAAUAAAUAAAAAAAGAUAAAAGUGUCGCACAAAGAAGGAGGAUGCUGAAGCUUCAGACUGGGGUCUGUUAGUUUACACUGUGGACGAAAGGGAGGAGAUAAAGGCCUUUAUGCUGCCGCUGUUACAUCGUGGUGGUCGGGUAGCACUUUUCAAACUGUAACAGUCACAUUUUGCCUCACAAGAAAUUACAGAAUAAUUUCAAAGAAUGCCAAGUAAAUCUAGAUUUAGUGUUAAUUGGUGUAUGUGCAGCCAACAUGUCCAGUAUUUACAGUAUGCAGUAGAUCCAGACAGUGAAGUAUUAUUAGGAUUUCAUCAAUAGAUGAGGCAGUGUAGCAUUCUUUAGAUAAAAUGCUGUGCAGACGCUCCUACCCGUUUAUUUGCACUGUAGACCAGCAGACCAACCCUUCCCUCCUUUCAAAAACAUCCAUCUUACCUUAUAGAAAAAAAAUUAAAAGGACAAACAGACAUCAACAAGUGCAUUAGGACACGACUGAAUGUUCAAUGCCGUCGAUGUCUGAAUCACAAGAUGUUAAAGGGGGAACAAAAGCAACCUUGAGUUGUGUAUUGACUAUGCUCUGUGUUGGUGGGGAUGUAUGGAAGACCAUUUCCGCCAGAAAAAGACCCUGUGAGUCAUUAUGAGAAACUUUCUCAAAAUAAAGUUAUUGUCUUAAAAAAUGUCUUAAUAUCUCAAAAAAAAUUACUUAGUAUCUUGAAAUUAUGAAGUAGUAUCUCAAAAUACCAAGGUAGUUUUGCAUAAUAAUGACUUUGUAGUGGAAAUAAGAGUCUCAAAAAUAAUGAGGUAGUAUCUCAAAAUAAUGAGGCAGUAUCUCAAAAUGAGUUAGUAUCUCAAAAUAAGGAGGAAAUAUCUCAAGCUAACGAGGUGGUAUCUUAAAAUAAUGAGGUAGCAUCUCAAAAUAAUGAUGUAGAGUCUCAGAAUAAUUCUUUAGUAUCUCAAAAUAAUGAGUUUGAGUGUCAAGAUAACAAGUUCAUAUUCCAAAUAAUGAAUAAGUAUCUCAAAAUAACAAGGUAGUAUCUCAAAAUGAGGUAAUAUCUCAAAAUAAUAAAUUAGAUUCAAAAUAAUGAGAUAGUAUCUCAAAAUAAUGAGUUAGUAUCUAUAGUAUAGCAAGUUAGCAUUCCAAAUAAUGAAUUAGUAUCUCAAAAUAAUGAGGUAGUAUCUCAAAAUGAGGGAAUAUCUCAAAGAUAAUGAGGUUAUAUCUCAUAAUAAGUUGAAUCCCAAAAUAAUGAUUAUCGAGUUAUUAUCUCAAAAUAUUGAAUUAGUUUCUCAAGAUAAUGAGGUAAUAGCUCAAAAUAAUGAGGUACGAUCUCAAAGAUAAUGAGGUUAUAUCUCAUAAUAAGUUGAAUCCCAAAAUAAUUAAUUAGUAUCUCAAAAUAAUUAAUUAGUCUUUCAAAAUAACAAUGUAGUAUCUCAAAAAUAACAAGUUAGUAUCUCAAAAUGAGACUGUAUGCUAAGAUAAUAAGUAUCCCAAAAUAAUUAAUUAGUAUCUCAAAAUAAUGAUGUAAUAUUUCAAAAAAUAUAUGAAAACUUUUAAAAAGAGCUUAGCCUCUCAAAGUCAUUGAGAUAUGCAAGUCAUUAUUUUGAGAAAGUUUCUCAUCGUACUGACCGACAGGAUCUUUUUCUUGGAUCACACUGGCAGAAAUGGGCUUCCACAGCUGAUGCUGUUAAAAAGGGUGAACUGAGUGUAUAGAAUGCAUUACAAAAAAAGACAAGUUUCUUCUUUCUGGUGGAGUUUCUUUCUGUUCUCUAACUUGUAUAUAAACUGUAACGUGAGACGCUGCCAGUACAGUACAUUUGUCAGUUAGUGUGUUUCACCUGUGAGUUUCCAUCAGCGUCAGUGGAGGUGAUGCCAAGAUUGGAUGUUUUACAUUUUGUUUCUUUUUUUUACUUGAAUAUUAAUUUUAUCCAUCACUCACAGUGCCAUUUUAACUUUAUCGAGGGCAAAGUGGCCGUGUAUAAACAUUUAUUUUUCUAUGUUUCUAUGUUUCAGUCACAACUAUAUCAUUUUGAUCACUAUAUUCGGUGAUGCUGUCCAGCUACUGUAGCAGAGCUCUGAGAUUGCUUCAAGAUGUGAAGCAGAGGAAGGACUAACCUGUAUGUUUCAUGUUGUUUUCCAUUGUGUCGGAAUAGCUGCACUGAUUAGUUAUCAACAACUGUGAUGACUUAAUGAUUUCCGUCAUUGCUUUGAUUUUUACACAAGAGUUGCGAUCCAGAAGUAUCAACUAACCUUUACACUUGUUCUUUCAGUGGUUGCUGGUGUGGUGCUUUACAUUGGUGCUCAAUAACCAUAAUCACCAACCCAAACAACCUCAAACCAAGACUGCGCUACAAACUGCAGAAAUGUAACAAGGGAGUUUAGUCUCAUUACUUUGUUCCAGAGGGUGAACAUAUAUCAGAUUCAAUCACCUCUGCAUUUUAGUGAAUGUAGGCAACCCAGCGGUAAUGUACUAAAGCUCGAUUCAGUCUGCUGCUUACAGUAUGUUUUGUCUGUCUACACACAGAUAAACAGUCUGUGCUGCAUAUGAAUGACACCUGCCAACUGCAGUGAAGGAAUGAAUUGCAAUCCUGAGGUCUUAAAAACAGUGCCGAUAUAUGAAGACUUCUCUUCUGAUUUCUACUACUUUUGUAAAAUAAGAUGCCUGCUCUUGCAAAGUGAUUGUUGGUGCAAGUGAUGCCGGGUUCAGACUACACGACAUGUUUGCCCGUCCUGACGGUCAC